AUGGCGACGCAACAACAGAUCGCUCUCGAGCGAUUGGAGACGAUCACGAGAGACCUCCGAUCGAGUCGGGUCAGUGACGAUGUAAGAAAACGCGCCGCUCUUCAACUGCGGGAGCUGGUUCUGGUGUGCCACCGAGAUCUUCAGCCGGACCAUUUCAACAACAUUUACCAUGCGGUGAACACCCGAAUCACUCAGCUUAUUGCUCAUGGCAGCGACUCGGCCGAACGUUUGGGCGGUGUCUACGCCUUGGACAGCAUCGUGGAUAUUGAUGCAACCGACCAGGCGACGAAAUAUGCUCGUUUUCUCCAGAACCUGAAGGCUAUCCUUAGAGGCAAGGAUAUGAGCCCCAUGCAGGCUGCUGCUGUCACUCUCGGCAAAAUGUGUCGCCCUGGAGGUUCCGUCAUCAGCGAGCUUGUCGAGUCUGAGACCCAAUUCGCCCUCGAGUGGCUACAAAAUGAGCGUGUAGAGGAGCGCCGAUACAGCGCCGCCUUGGUCCUGCGCGAGCUCGCUAGGCAAGCUCCGACACUAAUGUACAACUACGUUGGCUUGGUGCUUGAUCUCAUAUGGAACAGUUUGCGCGACAGCCGACAACUCAUCCGCUCUACAUCUGCCGAUACGAUUGCUGCCUGUUUCCGCAUCAUCCGUGAGCGCGACCAGGAAAUGAAGCAGGCCUGGAUGGAAAAGGCAUACAGCGAGCUUCUCCGAGGUCUCCAGAACGGCGCUGUAGAAUACAUACACGCGUCUCUCCUCAUGCUGAAAGAGCUGUUGGAACAAGGCGGCAUGUUCAUGCAAGACCAUUAUCCCGAAGCUUGCGAGAUUGUUCUGCGCUAUAAGGAGCAUAAAGAUGGCACCAUCCGGAAGACGGUGGUCCUCUUGAUCCCCGACCUUGCCAGCUACUCUCCUGCCGAGUUUGACCAGAGCUACCUCCACAAGUUCAUGGUCUACCUGAUCGGCAUGCUGAAGAAGGACAAAGAAAGGACAGAUGCUUUUCUGGCCAUAGGCAACAUCGCCAACUCUGUCAAGAGCGCCAUCGCUCCCUACCUUGACAAUCUCAUGAUUUUUAUCCGCGAAGGGCUGAGUGUGCAGGCUCGCAAGCGCGGUUCCGUAGACGCCGUGUUUGAAUGCAUCAGCCGCCUUGCUGUGGCCGUCGGUCAAACACUCAGCAAGUACAUGGAAGCGCUCCUCGGUCCCAUAUUCCAGUGCGACUUGACACCAAAGUUGACACAAGCCCUCGUGGAUAUGGCAUUCUAUAUUCCUCCGGCACAAGACACCAUCCGGAACCGGCUUCUGGACAUGCUGAGCAUGGUUCUCUGUGGCGAACCGUUCAAACCGUUGGGCGCCCCGCAUCCCAACUCCAUUACAUCGGCACCGGUCAUCACUAAGGAUGCUAAGGAUCCUCAGGCUUAUGAACAUCGCAAGGCCGAGAUCAAGCUGGCCCUGAACACGCUCGGCAGCUUUGACUUUACUGGACACGUUCUGAACGAAUUUGUCCGAGACGUCGCCAUCAAGUACGUCGAGGACGAAGACUGUGAAAUCCGCGAGGCGGCUGCCUUGACCUGCUGCCAGCUUUAUGUCAGGGAUCCCAUCGUGAACCAGACGAGCUAUCACGCUUUGCAAGUGGUGGGCGACGUCAUCGAAAGGCUUCUCACAGUUGGCGUGUCGGAUCCCGAGCCGCCUAUCAGACGGACCGUACUGGCUGCGCUUGACGAGCGUUUCGAUCGCCAUCUUGCCAAAGCAGAGAACAUCCGGACCCUUUUCUUCGCUUUGAAUGACGAGGUCUUCUCUAUUCGAGAAGUUGCCAUCUCGAUUAUCGGCCGACUGGCACGUCACAACCCCGCCUAUGUCAUUCCCUCCCUUCGGAAGACGUUAAUUCAAUUGUUGACGGAACUUGAGUUUUCAGACGUCGCCCGCAACAAGGAGGAAAGCGCGAAGCUUUUGAGUCUUCUUGUCCAAAACGCUCAAGGACUUGUUAAGCCUUACGUCGACCCGAUGAUGUCAGUACUCAUCCCCAAGGCCAAGGACCCGACGCCAGUCGUGGCCGCCACCAUUCUGAGAGCCAUAGGAGAACUUGCCACGGUCGGCGGCGAAGACAUUCUCCCAUACAAAGACAAGCUCAUGCCUCUCAUCAUCGAGGCACUCCAGGACCAGAGCUCAAGCCUCAAACGCGAAGCGGCUCUCCACGCACUCGGUCAGAUGGCCAGCAACUCUGGCUAUGUCAUCGAACCAUAUCUUGAAUACCCUGAGCUCCUGGAAAUUUUACAGGGUAUAGUACGCACUGAAGAUCAUCGAGGUACACUUCGACAGGAAACCAUCAAACUUAUGGGUAUCUUGGGUGCCCUCGACCCCUACAAGUACCAACAGGUCGAACAGCGCCGGCCCGAAGUCCAGCGACGAGCCGAAGUCACCCCGGUCAGCGACGUGGCCCUCAUGAUGUCCGGUCUCACGCCCUCCAACAAAGAAUAUUUCCCCACUGUGGUGAUCAACUCUUUGCUACAGAUCCUCAAGGAUAAUUCUCUCGUGGCGCAUCAUCCUGCGGUCAUCGAAGCCAUUAUGAACAUUUUCCGGACGCUCGGACUUGAAUGUGUCAGCUUUCUCGACAGAAUCAUUCCGGCGUUUCUCGCUGUCAUCAGGGCUGCCUCGAAUAAGAGACUUGAGUCUUACUUCAGCCAGCUCGCUACGCUCGUUAGCAUCGUGCGGCAGCACAUUAGGAACUUCUUACCGCAGAUUGUAGAAGCCUGCCAGGAGUACUGGAAUCCUAAGCUCGGCCUUCAGCCUACCAUUCUGUCCCUUGUCGAAGCGAUUUCUCGUGGACUAGAAGGCGAGUUCAAGAUUUAUCUUGCUGGUCUCCUCCCCUUGAUGCUCGGAGCCCUAGAGGUGGAUACCUCGGCACGACGCAUCCCUUCAGAAAGGGUCCUUCACGCCUUCCUUGUGUUCGGAUCAAGCAGCGAGGAGUACAUGCAUCUGAUUAUUCCCGUUAUUGUUCGCACAUUCGAGAAGCAGGGCCAGCCAACGUUUCUCCGCAAACAAGCCAUUGAGACGAUUGGCAAGAUAUCCCAUCAAGUGAACCUGAACGAUUAUGCGGCCAAGAUUAUUCACCCACUGAACCGCGUGCUCAGCAGUGGUGAUCCGGCCUUGCGUGUUGCCGCUCUGGACACUCUCUGCGCGCUGAUUCAGCAGCUAGGAAAAGACUACACACACUUCAUGGGCAACGUGAACAAAAUCCUCGCGGAGCACCAGAUCCAACAUGCCAACUACGAGCUACUCACGAGCAAGCUUGCCAAGGGCGAAGUGCUGCCGCAAGACAUUGGCUCUGCCGAUCGAUUCGUAGAUCGAGUCGAUGACCAAAUCUUUUCCGACCUGGGGUCCAAAAAGCUUGAGAUGAAUGCCAUUCACCUCAAAACGGCAUGGGAUACAAAGGGAAAGUCGACCAAGGAGGACUGGCAGGAAUGGCUCCGUCGCUUCUCUACGACCCUUCUGGCAGAAUCUCCCAACCACGCUCUACGUGCAUGCGCCGCUCUGGCCAGCUCCUACCUGCCACUCGCCCGAGAACUCUUCAAUUCGGCAUUUGUUUCGUGCUGGUCUGAGUUGUACGAGCAGUUUCAGGACGAGCUGAUCCAGAACAUCGAGAAUGCGAUAAAGUCGGAGAACGUGCCUCCGGACCUGCUGGGACUUUUGCUCAAUCUCGCCGAAUUUAUGGAACACGAUGACAAGGCGCUACCAAUCGAUAUUCGUGUCCUCGGCCACCAGGCAGGUCGCUGCCAUGCCUACGCCAAGGCCCUCCACUACAAGGAGCUUGAAUUCCUCCAGGACCAGAGCAGUGGGGCGGUCGAGGCUCUCAUCGGCAUCAACAACCAUCUGCAGCAGUCCGACGCUGCCAUAGGCAUCCUCCGCAAGGCCCAGCUCUAUAAGGAAGGUAUCCAGCUUAGAGAGACAUGGUUCGAAAAGCUGGAGCGCUGGGAGGAAGCUCUUGACUUUUAUAAUAAAAGGGAGCAAGACAUCCCUGAAGACCAGGCUGUUCCUGUCGAUAUCAUCAUGGGCAAGAUGCGCUGCCUGCACGCUCUGGGCGAAUGGGAGGCUCUUGCGAAUAUUGCCGGCAACACUUGGUCCAACUCAUCGCCGGAAGUGCAGCGCCUCAUUGCUCCUCUGGCCACCGCCGCCGCCUGGGGUCUGUCUAAGUGGGAUUCCAUGGACAACUACCUCCAGUCGAUGAAGCGUUUCUCGACUGAUCGCUCAUUCUUUGGCGCCAUUCUCGCCCUGCAUCGCAACCAGUUCCGAGAAGCGUUGAACUGCGUGCAGCAGACGCGUGAGGGCCUCGAUACAGAACUCAGCGCCCUGGUCAGCGAGUCAUACAACCGGGCGUACACAGUCGUCGUUCGCGUCCAAAUGCUGGCCGAACUCGAAGAGCUUAUCUUCUACAAGCAGACAGAUGAGAAGAAGCGCGCCACCAUGCGACGCACUUGGGAGAAGCGCCUCAAGGGGUGUCAACGUAACGUGGACCUUUGGCAGCGCAUGCUUCGUCUCAGGCAGCUUGUCAUCACUCCCUCCGAGAAUAUGCACAUGUGGAUCAAGUUCGCCAACCUAUGUCGCAAGUCGGGUCGCAUGGGCUUGGCCGAAAAGUCGCUGAAACAGCUCAUCGGGACCGAGUCCUCGCUCACGUCCAUGAUCCCAUACUGGAAUGACCGGCCCCAGCAGCCCAACGUGGGCCUACCCCGGAACGUCCCAUCGCAGAUCAUCUAUGCCAUGCUCAAGUUCGAAUGGGAAGUUGGCCAGCAACCCGCGAAUAAGACUUCGGGUAUCUCGGAGAAGACUCUCUACUGUCUGCGCAAGUUUACUAACGAUUCGGCGCACCGACACGAGGUCACCAAGGCGCAUCUCACCGCUCAAGGACAACAAGGUGUAGACAUGAGCCAAGAGUACAACUUCCCGCAGGGUAUGGAGGGGGGCAUCAUGGCGCCUCAGACCCAACGCGCCCUCCAGGACCAGACGGUGCUCCUCGCCAAGUGUUAUCUCAGACAGGGCGAGUGGCUCAUUGCGCUCAACAAGGAAACAUGGCAAUACGAAAACGUCCAGGACAUAUUGACUGCCUACUCCCAGGCGGCCAAGUAUAACCCACGCUGGUACAAAGCGUGGCACGCAUGGGCGCUGGCCAACUUUGAAAUUGUGCAGGCGCUGACCAGCAGGAGCGAGCUCAACCGGGCGGACCAAGCUAUGAUCGUCGAUCAUGUCGUCCCGGCGGUGCGGGGCUUCUUCAAGUCUAUCGCUCUGUCAUCUGGCAGCUCGCUGCAGGACACAUUGCGUCUCCUCACAUUAUGGUUCACGCACGGCUCAAGUGCUGACGUCAACGCUGCAGUCACUGAGGGCUUUACCAAUGUUAGCGUUGAUACUUGGCUUGAAGUCAUUCCUCAGCUCAUCGCCCGCAUCAACCAACAGUCUCGUCGCGUGCAACAAACCAUCCACAGCCUUCUGGCUGAUGUCGGCAGAGCCCACCCGCAGGCCCUCAUUUACCCUCUCACUGUGGCCACGAAGUCGUGGCACAGUGCCCGCCGCUCCCGGUCCGCAGCGCAGAUUAUGGAUAGUAUGCGUCAGCACUCGGCCAAUCUCGUCUCCCAGGCAGAUGUCGUCAGUAACGAACUUAUCAGGGUUGCCGUUCUGUGGCAUGAGCAGUGGCACGAGGGUCUGGAAGAGGCAUCACGACUAUACUUUGGCGAUCAUAAUAUCGAGGGCAUGUUCUCGACUCUUGAGCCCCUCCACGACCAGCUGGAGCGCGGGCCUGAGACACUUAGGGAGAUCUCGUUCGCGCAAACGUUUGGUAGGGACCUGACGGAGGCGCGGGAAUGGUGCCGACAGUAUGAGUCGAGCCGAGAUGUGAACGACCUCAACCAAGCCUGGGACUUGUACUACCAAGUCUUCCGUCGCAUAUCGCGACAGUUGCCGCAGCUCACGAGCCUGGAACUGCCCUACUGCUCGCCCAAGCUGCUUGGCGCUAAGGAUCUCGACCUCGCCGUACCUGGAACGUAUCGAAGCGGAAAACCCAUUGUCCGUAUCAUGGACUUUGAGGGCACCUUUUCGGUCAUCAACAGCAAGCAGCGCCCGCGUAAGAUAACGAUUGGCGGCAGCGACGGUGUGCGUUACGCGUUCCUUCUUAAAGGCCACGAGGACAUUCGCCAAGACGAACGUGUCAUGCAAUUGUUUGGCCUUUGCAACACGCUGCUGGCGAACGACUCGGAGUGCUACAAGCGCCAUCUCAAUAUCGAGCGUUAUCCAGCGAUUCCGCUGUCGCAGAGCUCAGGUCUCCUGGGCUGGGUGCCCAACAGCGACACGCUCCACGUUCUUAUUAGGGAAUAUCGUGAGAGCCGCAAGAUCUUGUUGAACAUUGAGCAUCGGAUAAUGUUGCAGAUGGCUCCCGACUAUGACAACUUGACUCUCAUGCAGAAGGUGGAGGUCUUUGGCUACGCGCUUGAUAACACCACCGGCCAAGAUUUGUACCGCGUACUGUGGCUCAAGAGUAAGAGUUCUGAGGCCUGGCUCGAGCGGCGCACCAAUUACACGCGCUCUCUCGGCGUCAUGUCCAUGGUCGGCUACAUCCUCGGUCUGGGUGAUCGUCACCCUUCGAACCUGAUGCUAGACCGUGUCACCGGCAAAAUCAUUCAUAUUGAUUUCGGUGAUUGCUUCGAAGUCGCCAUGAAGCGCGAGAAGUAUCCGGAACGCGUGCCCUUCCGCCUCACGCGCAUGUUGACGUAUGCCAUGGAGGUUAGCAACAUCGAGGGCAGCUUCAGGAUCACAUGCGAGCAUGUAAUGCGGGUUCUGCGCGAGAAUAAGGAAAGCGUCAUGGCCGUUUUGGAAGCUUUCAUCCACGAUCCCCUGCUGACUUGGCGCCUUACCAAUGCGGCAAGUCCAACGGGACCAAACUUCCGGUCCGAACGCGAACAGGCCAUCGCUGGUCCCACGGCGUCGCAGACAGGUCCUCGCGGCCGUCGGCUUUCAAUGCUCGAUGCCGACGUGGCACCGACGGAGCUGCUCGCGGCUGCAGGCGGCGAUGCCUCCGCACUAGUAGGCGGGCCGCCUACAGCACGGUCCAGGGCGCGCACCAACUCGUCCAUCGCGCCGAGCACGAGCCUGGUCAACGGUAAUAACGUCAUGGACCCCGCGGAUGCACAAAAUGCGCGGGCAAUUGAGGUCCUGGAUCGCGUUUCGCAGAAGCUGAGGGGUAAGGACUUCAAGCCCAACGAAGAGCUUGACGUCGUCGCGCAGGUCAACAAGCUCAUCACGGAGGCGACCAAGCUGGAGAACCUGUGCCAGCACUACAUAGGAUGGUGCAGCUUCUGGUAA